AUGUCCGCCCAUGACGACGACUCCGUUGUCGACGGCUCGCCCGCCGUUCUGGACGAGAGCUUCGUGGCACCCCCUACCUAUGCGGCCUUCUCCCCCGUCACUCUGUCUGCCAAUACACCCUCGAGAUCUUCCCGCCGGUCAACCGUUCUCGUCCACCAAAAGAGUCCGCUCUUGCUGGCCACGCCGCCCCAGAUCACACGAGCUCUCGCAUAUAGCCACCCGUUUCUGCUACCGCUCAACACCUUUGUUGGUCUUUUGACGUGGAGUACCGGCGAUCCGUGGCAGAGCUUUCUCUUCGUCUGCAGCUUUUGGUUCGUUGUUCUUUAUGGCGACACUAUUCUAAUAAGGGCCGGUCCUAUCGCCGUCGGCAUCGGGAUGAUCAUCGCCAUGUACGGUCGACGCUACAGCCCUCUUAGCAGCAGCGGCUGGCGCAAGCCCGUCAAGCCCACCAAGAAAAAAUCACAAACUACCGCUCAGUUUUCGAAUGCCGAUGCCGAAGCCGGUAGCUCGCGUGCUGGGGCCAAAUCCAGCAAGCACGACGUUAGUGGCACCAAACAUCAAAAGACGUUGGACGAGAUUGUCGAGACUCUGAAAGAGUUCACUGGUCGCUGCAACGCUCUUAUGGAACCCAUGCUCGAAAUGACUGAUUUCCUCAGCACCCAGCGCACUGCGACGAGCGCUACUACUAAGCCUGCCCUGACGGCCAUGUUCAUGCGCCUUCUCAUUGUCACGCCCUUCUGGUUCGCCCUCACCAUGCCGCCUCUGAGGAUAAUUACUGUCCGACGAGUCGUUCUAAUUGUUGGAACAAUUACGCUUACAUGGCAUGCCCGCGUCAUGCGUGUUUGCAGAGCUAUCCUCUGGCGAAGCAGGACCGUUCGCCGUUUUGCUGCCGCCGUGACCGGUCUGCGCUUUGACACUCCUGUGAAGAACCCGGCUGCUGCUCAACUCCAAGCGGCGCAAAAUCGGGGUCACCGCCGUACAGACAGCUCACGGAGUGCAAAGAGCGCAGGUGUUAAGUUUACCUUUAUCAUCUACGAAAACCAGAGACGAUGGAUUGGCCUAGGGUGGACGCAUAGCCUAUUUGCUUAUGAGAGGGCUACUUGGACGGAUGAGCAUAACAACUCCCUUCCGUCAAAAGAUGAAUUUGAGCUGCCACAUGUUGAGGAUGGAAGCCGCAUGGAGUGGCAGUGGGCCGAAGGUAGUCGCUGGCGCGUGGAUGGCGUUGCGGAUGAAAACGGGGCCGUGGACUAUGACGGCACCCAAGGACGCAAUGGUUGGAUUUACUAUGAUACCAAGUGGAAUAAUGGACGCCGGGGAGCUGAUGGCUGGGGCAAGUGGACAAGACGACGAAAGUGGUACCGAGAUGCUGAGCUUGUCGAGGUCGAGAAACCCGAGCGUCGCAAGGCUUCCACCAAGGAUAGCUCUUCUCUGCAUAGCAAAUCGGAUUCUGCCUCGGUGGCGAACAUUCCUGCCGUUGCGGAGGAAGACAAGAUUGAUGAGGAAAAUGUCAAGUUGAUUGACGAUAAUGCUUCGGUAUAUUCCACCUCUUCGAAGUCGUCAUUUUGGCCUCCGAUGCUGCGGCGGCGCGCUGCGGAUCGAUCUACCGCUGAUAAGGAAAAGGAGAAGCGAGAGGCUCGCGGCAAGCGGGCAACUGAAAGGCAAGACAGCGGGCCAGACACGAGUGGAUUGGGUAUCGAAGUAGAAAUGGAGCUUCAACGACAAGGCAAGGAUGGUGGCCAAUGGGGCAUUGGCGACGAUGCUAGGAUGAACCUGGAAUGA